AUGAGUGUAAAUUAUUGUACGUCUGUUGGUGAGAAAACAACCUAUAAAGCUGCUGUGUGUUUUGAUUAUAAGAAACCACUGGUUAUUCAAGAAAAGAAAAAACCCACACGGUUAUCCAAAGGACAGGUAUUGGUUGCUAUAGAAGCUGCAGGAAUAAAUUUUAGUGAUAUUUUGAUGUGCAAAGGCCUUUAUCAAGUUAAACCUCCAUUACCAUUUACAGCAGGUAGUGAAAUAUGUGGAUAUGUAGAAGAUAUAGGAGAAUCUGUAUCUAAUGUACAGAAAGGUGAUAAAGUUAUUGGUAUUUUAUCUAACUAUGGAGGAUUUGCUGAAUAUGGUGUCUUUCAUAAAUCAACAUUAUUUAAAUUACCAGAAGCAUUAUCUACUGUACAAGGAGCUGGAACAAUUAUAUCUUAUGGUACUGCUAUGAUGGCGCUAGGUAGAAGAGCUCAAUUACAGAAAGGAGAGACAGUUUUAAUCACUGCAGCUGCUGGGGCAACUGGAUUAGCAGCUGUUGAUAUAGCCAGCCAUGUUUUUGGUGCCAAGGUUAUUGGCUUAUGUGGCAGUGAAAAAAAAUGUCAUCUCAUAAAAGAAAGAGGAGUUAGUCAUGCUAUAGAUUAUAAUACAGAAGAUGUAAGAGGUAGAAUUAAAGAAAUAACUGGAGGGAAGGGUGUUAAUGUUGUCAUGGAUCAAGUUGGUGGUGAUAUCUUUUUACAGUGUUUAAAAAGUGUUGCUGAAGAAGGUAGAAUAUUAACAGUAGGGUAUGCAUCAGGCACUAUACCUAAUAUACCAGCUAAUUUAUUAUUAUUAAAAUCAUGUACUGUGAUGGGAUUAUUCUGGGGUAAUUACAGUCAAACCAAUCCAUCUGCUUUCACUCAAUCUAUAUUAGACGUGACUAGAGCUAUCAAUCAUGGUGAUAUUUAUCCUCAUGUUGGUGCUACAUUCUCAUUAUCACAGAUAAAUGCAGGAUUUAGUUAUGUAGAAAAUAGGAAAUCAACUGGCAAAGUAAUAAUAACAACAAUGGAUGGUGCCAAAUCAAUGUUAUAA